AUACAGCAUCAUUAUGUAUUGAUCUUGCCUUUCUGGAAUGUAUACUUCUUUGUUGACGUUGUUCUUGUUCAUAUCGUAUCAUUACAGACUCUUUUGACCCCUUAAUAUAAUUUAUCCACGCCCAUAGAUUACAAUGUAUUUCACAUUGAGAAUUUAACUGAGCGUGAUACAUGAUUAUUCGUACGUGGUCUCAUACCAAUCAAAUCAAAAUGAUUCUAAAAAUCUGCUUCGGAACCUACAAGCUAUAAAGCCUUCACUUCACUCUAUCUAGUAUAUAUAAUUUAUAUUAUAUACAGUUUAUGAAUCCAUAUUUUAUUAAACUAGGAACUAAAAGCUCAUUUUCCAAACUGAUAUCACUUUUCAAAAUUGAUAGAAUAUGCCAUUUUCAAACUGAGAUCAACUUUAUUUCUUUAAUUAUAAAAAGUGAUCUCAAUUAAGAAUGAGUCGAUAAGUUGAUAUUCAGAAACAACGAUUCAUUCUACGUAAUUAGUUAGAAUCUGAAGUGCUUUUAUAAAUUAGAAAAAUAGAGUGAAACUUUUGUAAUGAAGAUCUUUUGAUUUAAAUUUUAUUCUUCCGCAAUACUAGCAAAAAUAUAAUCGAUUACAGUAUUCUAAAAUUAAAAACUAUUAAACAAACACAAAAUCAGUUUCACAUGAAUAUGAAUUUGAAUGUACAAGCUUAUUUUUGCAGUUUUCUUUUAAAAAAAUUCACUGCUCCCAGUUAGGCAUGCACCAAUUAAAAUCUGGUGUUAGGGUAUCCACAAAAUUUGUUAUAAAUUGCCUAUAAAGAAUCAUUCAGAGUUGCAGUACGUCUUAUUUUAUAGAGAAAUGUUUGGACUACAAUCCCAUAUAAGUCGAAAAGUUUUGAAAUUAUCUAUGAUACAAAUAUGGACAUUCUAAAAUGCACUCAAUUCAGAAAAGACUCCUGUUCGAACAGUUUCUUUUCCUAACUUUAGCGCAUUUUAAGAUGAUCACAUUUUUCUUAGAAAUAACUUCAAAUUCCUUUUCACAGCUGAGUUUUGUAGAGCAAAUAUUUCUCCACAAAAUGAGACGUUCCACAACUCUGAUUAAUCCUUCAUAGACGAUUCAUAACUAUGGAAGUCCAGUUUUAAACUGGUACAUGCCUACUCCUAGUCCAUGUACUGUACAAUUUUCUUUUUUCUCAGUUCUAAUGAUCACUACCUAUUCCAAGAUAGAGUGUGUUAGUUUACUGCAUGAUCAUAUAUGAAGGAAUUCUAAAAAUGUACCAUAUCUUUACUAAUGAUGCUGUUUGCUCAAAUUUUAGCGGUAAAUUGUCUUCGCUUAGAUUUGCAGAAUUAGUCGACACUAUACGCAAAGCACUCAGUCAUGUGGAGCUAGAAAAUGGGCAACAAAUACCGACAGCGGUGUUUCAUCAGCAAAAUUUUGCGUAGAGAAUAAUCAUUAUAGUCUAAGUACUUUUUAUAGUGCAUAAAACUCUUUUUUCAGCAGCGUUUGCAUGAAACAGAUGUAGAUAUCUGGUUUUUUCUAUUCGAUAGCUGAAAUCGCGACAUAUGAUUCAUCGCAAAAAAAGCUUUUUAAAUCAUCGACAAAGACUGAUUCUUUGAAGGAUUUUUCCUAACCACUUUGAUAUUUCUAUAGUAUGUUGUGAGAUUCGGCAAUAGUAUUCAAUCGAUUUGAACUGUAUUGUAAAUCUAUAUUUUUUUCGUGAAAAUAGGUAAAAAUCAGAGAUGGGCGAGUCACCACUUUUUCGAGCCGAGUCAGUAGCUUUUGAGUCAGGGUCCGAGUCGCAUCAAAAAUUGACUCGGGUCACUUCGAGUCAUUUUCUACAGGAAAACUUCCUCCUGAUUCAUUUUUCCAAGAACAGUUCUUCAAUCCUCUCCUGUGACGCGAUGUUCUACUUAGAAUAUUCUCAAAUCUCUCUCUCUUCUCGUACAUAACAAAUAUAAUAAACACCGUCAUAACAAUCCCAAGUUGCACAUGACUGACUCGUAAGUGACUCGAGUCAGUUUAUCGAGUCUUUCACCUCGAGUCCGAGUCCGAGGCAAAGACAAAUGCGACUCGAGUCGACUCAGACUUGCCCAUCUCUGGUAAAAAUGGAUAUAUUUCACUCAAUAUAAGUUUUCAGUAAUAUUUUUAAUUUUCUUUGAAAAACAAACACUGUCAUAAGACUCCCUCUAAUCGAUACUCAAUGUUUACAUUUAUUUUUGAAAAUUAGCACAGCCUAUGCUACUUUAAUUCUAAAGAAUGUGCAAACACCUACUCGGUCAAUUUUAAUUAUCAACCUGUGAUUAACUUUUCCGCUUCUUAGGUUUUUCAUUUACAUUUAUUAAUAAAGUCGUUGAUGAAUACUUUUUAUUUUUUAUUUUUUUCAGGGAACAAGAGAAGAAUGUUAUACCGUGUUUUCCACAAAAAUUCCAUUCUCCUUCAACGGAGUUUGAGGAUAGUAACACGGUAGAUCAACGUUGCCGUGAAUUUUUUGAGAUUAGCAGUUUAUCAUUUGUUGAUGGCCUUAGCGUUAGUUUAAAAGAGAAUCAACUUGAAAAAGGGAAUAAUAUGUGUCGACUAUGCACUUUAGUCAAACAUCCACAACAGAAAAAUUGGUUUGCUAUUAAAGAUACGUAUAUAAUCCAUAUGAGAACAGAUUCAUCUGAAAUACGAUUUCCAAUGUUAGUUGAUCAUGAAUUUCAAAUAAAAAAUGGUUUUCCACAUACAUUUGGAUCAAACACUAUUAAAAUAUCAAAUUUACAACAAACAUUAAGUAUUAAAUGUAAAAAUGAACGUCAAGCAAUUGAGUGGAAAGAACAAUUGGAAAAAUUGAUAGAUAAUACAGUACCUACUUUCAGCAGUGCAUUCACAACGAGAUUCAGUUCAUUUGCUCCAAUAAGAGAGAAUCAAUUAGCUUAUUGGUAA